AUGUCUAACACGGCCUCCACCUUGCUACUCAGAAAACAGCUGGCUGGUCCGUUUAAUAUUUCACAUCUAUCUUACCUGUUUAUUUCCAAUUUCUACCAACCAUUUUCUUUUCAGAGCUCAACAAGAGCGGCCCUGAAGGCUUUUCCGCCGGCCUUAUCGAUGAUGACAAUAUUUUCAAGUGGCAAGUUAUGAUAAUGGGUCCGGCUGACACUCUUUAGUAAUUUGAGACCAUUUUUUUAAUAACUUAUAGUGAUGGUGGCUGCUUUAAGGCAAUUUUGGAGUUCCCGCAGGAUUACCCUAACCGUCCCCCCAAGAUGCAGUUUGUUACUGACAUGUGGCAUCCUAACAUUGCCCCAUCCGGAAAUGUAUGUAUAUCCAUUCUUCAUGAACCAGGCGAAGAUCGUUGGGGCUACGAAAGACCUGAAGAACGGUGGCUUCCAGUGCACACUGUUGAGACUAUCAUAA